UCCUCCGCUAUCCAACGCCAAACAGCAAACAACCUUCUUCGCUAUGUGUCAAAGGUCAGCUACCUUACCAGCUGGGGCUCUCUGAUAAGACUGGAGGCCCUGGUUUAGCCACGAAUCAACGAAUGCCACGUUUUCAGAAAAUAGGAGCAGGCCGCCGACUAGACCAACAGCUGUCCUCCGUGUGGUAUUUAAUGAAGUCUGCCUCCGUCUCCGUGCGCGUCCAAGACCAAAUUAUAACGCUUUGGUCGGCCGUUCUUUCCUUCCACCCCUGAUCUCGCGAAUACGUUUUUGGAUUAUUCUAGGGCUUUGUGGUCUUAAUUGGAACCCUAGAUCGCUAGGGCUCCCAAGGCCGGAUCCGCCCCUUCCGAUCGGUUAUUUCGAAACCCCUAAUCGCAAUGGCGUCCCGAAGGAGAACGCUUCUCAAAGUCAUCAUCCUCGGCGAUAGCGGGGUUGGGAAGACGUCUCUGAUGAAUCAAUAUGUGAACAAAAAGUUCAGUAACCAGUAUAAAGCGACAAUUGGAGCGGAUUUCUUGACCAAAGAAGUCCAGUUUGAGGACAGGCUGUUCACGUUACAGAUAUGGGACACAGCAGGGCAGGAAAGGUUUCAAAGUCUUGGUGUGGCAUUCUAUCGUGGUGCAGAUUGCUGUGUUCUUGUGUAUGAUGUCAAUGUCAUGAAGUCAUUUGAUAACCUGAACAAUUGGCGAGAAGAAUUUCUAAUUCAGGCUAGCCCGUCCGACCCUGAAAACUUCCCAUUUGUAGUGUUGGGAAAUAAGACAGACAUUGAUGGUGGCAACAGCCGAGUGGUCUCAGAGAAGAAGGCAAGAGCAUGGUGUGCUUCAAAAGGGAACAUCCCCUACUUCGAGACAUCUGCUAAAGAAGGAUUCAAUGUGGAAGCUGCUUUUCAGUGUAUAGCCAAGAAUGCCCUCAAGAAUGAACCGGAAGAAGAAAUAUACCUUCCGGAUACUAUUGAUGUGGCUGGUGGUAAUCGGCAACAAAGAUCAUCAGGCUGCGAAUGCUAGGUGAAGACAGGCAGCUUUAGUUUCCUCCUGUUAUAUGCAAUAAUUUCUGCAAAGGUUACUUAGUGCAUUCUGUAUGUUAUAUCUUGUUCCAUGGUCCAAAAAUUUAGUGCCAAGUGUUCAGUGGAGGUUGUCCUAUUUACUUUCUGUGUUGCAUUCUGUCUGUGAAAGAUUUUCUUGUCUUUGGGAAAUGACUCAAAACUUUGUGCUCUAUCUUGUUUUCGCUGUAUAGUAGGUAUGGAUAUUUUGGGAAUUAGAAGAUGAUUCUUUUGAUGCCA